AUGGAAGGCAGCGGCGACAACCGGCAGAAUCUGGCACCUGUCAAGAAGGAGCCUUUGAGGGUUCGCAGUUUCUCUUCUAUGCGGCAGCACGAGCAGCAACAGAUGGCAGCAGCAGCCCUCCGGAUUCCAAGGGGCGCCGGUCAACUCGUGCCUUCUCUUCAGCCUCGCGACCCCAGGCUGAAACAGCAUUAUGUGCGUCCAUCGGUUCCCUUCGUUUCCGCUGAUGGGGGCAGUGGCAGCAGCAGCAGCUCUGGAAACAGAAGCACCAUCAAGUUUACACCCAAUGUAGCUGUCAAGCAGGAAACAGCCGCGGGACCAACAGCCUCCGCGUCAGCGACAGCAGGAAUAUCUGAUUUCAGCGUUGACGCCUUGUUGCUGCGUUCUCUGCACAGUUAUCAACCCACUGGUCAAGGUCAAGACCGUUUAAACCGACCUAAAUUCGCAGCAGCAGGCAAAAUGCAGUUCAGCCCAGUUCCUGCGCCGCAGGUGCAGAGAGUGUUGCCUCAAGCUAGCAACAGCAGUGGAAAGCAGCAACAGAAGAAGGGCCCGCGCUCCAUUAGCCUAAGCGACUUGACUCUAGACGAGUCCCAGGGCCACUUAUUUCUCCCCAUCACCAUCCCUUUCAAGCUUAGAGGUCGGCGGUGCAUGCAGGACGAACAGCUCAAACAGGAAACAGACUACGGGACGCCUGUAGCCUUCAACAACCACCAGCAGCAGCAACUGGACGAGCUGCAGGGUAUAGACACUGCGGCUUCCACCCCUAACCACUUGAGACGCAGCGAAUCAACAGCAGUGCAGUUUAAGAGUGGGAAAGAUAGUCUGCAAGCCUUCUCCAAGCAAAACCAGGAGGACAGUGCUGCUACUUUGUUGCUGAAUGGCCAAUUCCUUACGACUGGCGAAACCUCGCAAGAAGACAGCAGGCCCGAGUUUGUGCAUCUGUGCUUUCCAGAGCUUCUCCCACCCCUGGAUAUUUCCGCUAUGCAGGCGCAGCAGGCUAAGAGCCAGCAGCAGGCUCAGGAGAAGGCACAAGAACAACAAAAUAAGGGCAGCAGCAGCAGAUGCGGCCCUGCGAGUGCCACCCGAAGAAAUUGUCCCACACCUUUGCAUGCGCUUCCGUCUGGGCGGAUCGGUCAACUGCUCAUUCGUCGCAGUGGCCGCGUGCACUUGUGCCUCCUUACUGACAUCUUCCGUCGUAGGACUGCAUAUGCAGGCGCACAAACAGCAGGCGCAGCAGGAGAAGGAGCAGCAGAAGGCAAUCAAGGCUUAGAGGACUGCAAAAAUGAGGACGAAGAUCAGAAAGCAGAGCCAAGGCCUACGUAUACACUCCGCAGUGAUGACAUCUGCUACGACGUGCUUCUCGGCACUGAGGGCUCCUUUGCUCAGGAAGUGGGUUGCCUGUUAUCGGAUACAAAUGAGUUCAUAUUUUUGGGCCGUUGUCAUAGAAAGCUCAUUGUCACUGCAGAUGUGCCCAGGGCUGUUCGCGCCUUAUCUUCCGGGAUGUGA